UUAAUUGCUACCCGCCUCGAAUUAAUCACCACGCAUCAUGCUUUCUCCCGACGGUGCAGAUUCAAACGCACCGUGCGCGUGAUUUACAAUAUAUCCGUGGCCGUAUAUAUAGCGUGCGCCGCCACUGCGUGGUCUCGCUGCUGCGAUUUUAUGACCGUCCCACGGUCAAAAGCCCGGGACAUUCCGAGGCGCAGGCAUUACUCAGUGAUGGUCGCUGCAGUUCACCUGCCUGCAUGCACUCUCUCUAUCUACCAGCAGUAAUAGCAGCAGCAGUAGUAAUAGCAGCAGUCGUAGUAGCACGUAUAUACAGCUAGCGGCUUCAGCCUGGUAGGAGAGAAACACCGGCUUUCAUAAUUUCACGACCACGACUACACGGCUGCAUCGCACGUAGAUUCAAGUUAUUCUCUGCAGUUUCCCGACGUGUCUCUACUAACUUUUGCCUGUCGACGACAGUUGUUGUUGUUGUUGUUGUUGUUGACGAGUAUAAGGGCAUCGCAGGGAGGUAGACUCGAUCAUGUCGAUGAGUGCAGCACAGAGCAGGCAGGCGGUGGAAACUCCCGUGCUAGCGAUGAACGGAGGACCGGCUUCAUCCCACAGCAAGCACGCGGCGCUACCGACGGAGAGCAAAUACACGAGUAAGGAAGCUUGUCAGGGCAAGGAGAAGGAGAACCUCAAAGACAUCGCUGGCGAAGGCAAGAAGAUAGAGUCGAGCCACCAGAUGAGUCAACACGACGGGGAGAGUAACGUACGUCGGUAUAGAACAGCCUUCACCAGGGAGCAGAUAGGAAAACUGGAGAAGGAGUUCUACAGAGAGAACUACGUUUCUAGACCAAGACGGUGCGAGCUGGCUGCCCAGCUAAACCUGUCUGAGAGCACUAUCAAGGUGUGGUUUCAAAACCGACGCAUGAAGGAUAAGCGACAGCGGAUGGCGCUCGCGUGGCCGUACGCCGAUCCUCAGCUGGCAGCCUACAUGCUGAACGCUGCGGCAGCGGCGGGGGUCGCAGGCACCUACCCUUACCCCGGCCUGGCCGCCGCCAUGCCAGGUCUCAACUACUACGCACACCUAGGUCUCGCCAACCUCCAGAGAGCGCCCUUUCAUCCCUACUCGACGGCAGUGCUACCUGGCGGCGGCGGGCUGCACGGCAGGAGCGAGAUGAUUGCGUCGCGGUCGCCGCUGACGCUGCGUCCUGACAUGACGGCGACGCCGACGUCACUGACGCAGUGUACGCUGCACGCGGCGACGGUUCCCGGGCAGAUCGGCGUCGCGUCCGACAUAUGCGGUUGCCACAUAUUUCCGGCGUAUUCCGGACUUCCGCCGGUGACGGCAACAUCCGGUACGUCGUUGCCACGCCCCCUCAGCAUAACGACGACGCGUGAGCCUGGAUCGCUGUUUCAACCUUACGCAACAAGUCCUACAGUGAGCAAGCUAGAGAUGGAUCAGUCAUCAUAACACGGCCUCCCAUACUCACACGCCCCCCACCCCUGCGCGCGCAUGCGCCGUUGUCUCUACGAUGUUUGUAAAUACGUUAUCAAUCUCCGACCCGCAACGCGUCGCUUUAAUUUAAAAUUUAAAUUUCCAAUCUUGAGAUUUAAAUUUCUUUGAUUCUGUAAGCGUUUAAGUUAUGAAUAUCGUGGUAGUCUGUAUAAAUGAGUUAAUGAAUGUAGAACUAAGGAAUUGUUGUAUCUCGAUAUUAGCACAAUAGUUUGCUCUAGGUAGCAUAGUAUGUAUAGUAAACUAUUAUAGGCCAUACAGAAGUUAUAACUGCGCUCACUCAAUCUAACUCAUCCAUAUAUAAUUGUCUCCUCGAUACGAUAUUCAUUCUAUGUUGAACAGUGUUAUAAUUGUUAACAAUGAGAUACGUCUUUACAUUUCAUAAGUGAAUAUGCAGUUCACCGUCAUUUUCCCCGCCUACUAUGUACUCAGAACAAGUACACGUAUAUAUAUAUAUAUAUAUA